AUGUCAAAAUCACAGCAAGAUAUUGAAAUUGGCCUUCCCGAACAUUCCGAUUACCAUCAUGUUUCAUUAUCAUGUUGUUCUUCCUUACAACUCUGGUGGUACUAUAAGUUUGCCUCAUUUGAAAAUUUUCUUCAUGGACAUCACUGGAAAGUUUUCAGUGUUCUCCUUCUGCUCCUCUUACUAUGCCUAGGACUUAAGUUUGCUAGACCAGAAACAAAUUUCUACCGGCUAUGGGUUGGAGAAAGCAGUCGGUUAUCGUCUGAGUUGGAUUAUUUAGCCCAAGAACUUCGUUCUUUCUACAUACAGCAACAAGUGCCUUCAUUUGUUAAUAUCCAAUAUCAUCAAUAUCCAUCCCCAACGUGGGGUGAUCCCUAUUACCGAUCCCCCUACUCCCAUCCCUCUGUCAACCCUCAGUCUUCCACGAAUUCUCCCCUUGGUGGUCUUCCUGGGAGCGAGUUUAUGGGAUCCAUUGAGUCCAUCCUGCAGGUGUCUGAUUCAAACCUCCUGACCAUAGAUGCGCUACGAGAUCAUAUGGAAUUACUCCUCAAGGUCCACAGUAUUGAGGUGAAAGUGGGGGCGGCCAAAUGGCGCUUGGAGGAUUUAUGUCAACGAGCGGAAUUACCUCGUGCUGCAGGUUUGCACAGCUUUGAGUCCCUCCUUGCUCAACUCAUUCCCUGUGUUGUCAUAACUCCUCUUGAUUGCUUCUGGGAGGGUUCCAAAGUCCUUGCGCCUGAUGCUGUUGUAUCUAUUCCAUGGCUUAAUAACCAAUUCACUCUCAAAUGGCCAAGUUUAGAUCCACACCACUUAUUGUCAAGUUUUCGGGCGCAGUAUGGAAACCAAUCUUCGGAGUUAACUUAUCUCGAUGAGGUUUCCGAUAUGCUUGAUCGAACUGGCCUGCGUCAUGGAUAUCUCACUCGUCCCUGUCUGGAUCCUCGUGAUCGUGGUUGUCCAAAACUUGCUCCUAACUACAAAUCUCAGUCUCCGGAUAUCGCCAGUGUUGUUGCCCAAGGGUGUCCAAGCUUUGCGGCUAAUAUUCUCCACUGGCCGAGAGAUUUACUUCUUGGUGGACAGAAGUGUUCCUACUCACGCCACCGAUCGGUGGAGGAAUGUGGUCGUAGUAAGGACAGAUCUAAUCAGCGAUUAGUUAAUGCCACCGCUCUACAAACCCUUCUCCUCCUGAGGUCCCCUCAAGAACUCUAUCGAACUGUUCGCUUUAAUGAUCCCUACAAUCACGAAUCAUUUACUCUGCUCGAUGCUCAAAAUGCCUUGGAUCAGUGGCGAAAUGAGCUCAAACACUACCUCAUUGUACAUAAUAAGGCCAUGGCACAGAACAGGGGUUGGAAGUUUUAUGGAUUCACGGAUAAUUCCUUGCGGGAUUUACUUACUCAAAGCACUGUUCGAGUGUGGUUUACUCAGCUAGUUGGUGCUAUUAUUCUUGUGCUCCUUUACGGUAUGGUAUGCCUCUUGUGUUGGCGCGAACCGUCUCGCUCCCAGUGUUGGCUCGCUCUUGCCGGUUUGGGCCUGAUUGUCCUCUCCUUGAUUGCUGGUCUGGGCAUCUGCUCUCUCAUUGGUCUUCCAUUCAAUGUUCUCUCUGUUCAAGUCCUCCCUUUCAUCAUUCUCGGACUGGGAAUGGGAGACCUGUUCGUGUUUACUACCUGCAAUACCUGUAUACUAUCAAGAUCUGCUGAGGCUAGCCAAAAGAAUGCUCUCUGGACCACCCACGUAUUGGCUGAACAUGGAGCCGCUUUCACUUUCUCUUUCUUGGCAAUGGUCGCUACGUUCUUCUCCACCAUCUACAUACCUGUGCCCGUGAUGAGACAGUUCUGUAUUCAGGCAGGAAUCCUGGUAUUGGUGCAGGCUGUUACAAUCAUGACCCUGUUUCCAGUGCUCCUAAAACUGGACAGUAAGCGCCGUGCUCGUAAUCGGAUGGAUGUUCUCUGCUGUUUGAGGCAAUCUGUAGCCACUGCUACUACUGCUAUUUCUGAUGUGACAAAUCAACAGGAUAUGGCUAGUAGUUCUUCAUCGCCGUCCUCUUACUACCUUCCAUCAUCUGUAAGCUCAAAUGAUGAAGUUGUACGUGUGGUUGAAACAACUUCGACCAAGGUUCGACUCAGCGAAAAUGCUGUGGCGACGGUGAAAGUCUCCGUGUCGACGCAGAAACAGCCCUCGACUGCGUUAAUUCAUAGCAUUCAGCCGCACGGAGCACUUGUUGCCACCUCGUCAUCGACACCAUCGAGCGUCCCCUCUGAAUGUCUAUGCAGCUCCUGCCAGCAUGACAAAGAAGAAAAAGGUGGUGGUUCCCUCCUAGUCCACCUUGCAAGUCGAUUGGCAUCGAUCCUGUCAAGAUUUCUUUCAAUUCGCGUAAUUGUCUGUCUCAUUGGUUCAGCUCUAGUCAUUUCUACCGUGGUUUUGGCUCCACUGCGACUUCGUGUCGGUCUGAAUAUCCUUUCUCUCAUUCCUACUGAUGCGAUUGAACAUGGAUUUGUGGAGAAAUCGAGUGAUGCUUUCGGACUUAUUCACUUCCAACUUAUUGCUCGGGGUAGUGACCCUCCCAUCCUAAUGGACGAACACGGUCGGUUUAAAGCUGAUAAACCCCGUGACAGUGUUCUUUAUGGCCCGGGAGUGGAUUUUGCAAGGAGUCAGAAACAACUGAGAGCUCUAUUUAACGAAAUCAACGAUCUUCCAGGAGUAUCUUACACUGGUCAAAAGAUAUGGCUCGACUCCUUCCGUGAUUGGUUGCUGGGUAUUCAGGAAGCCUUCGAUUCGGACGUGAAAAAGGGGUACAUCAGUAAACAAGGAAGUUGGAUGGUUAACGCUAGCGAUGAUGGUCUUUUGGGUUUACUUCUUAUUGUUCAGACUGAUAGCGGAAUCGAUCUUGGAAGAAUUGGAACUGGGAGACUAGUACGAGAUGAAAUUAUUGACUACUCAGCAUUUCGUGUGUACCUCCAUGCUUGGCGUGUUCUGGAUGUGUUCAAUUACACUUCUCCGCCUUGUACAAUCAUUCCUGAUCCAGGACUUCUACCUGGUCGUAUCACCCCACUUCAAAGGGAAGGCGGGCCAAAUGAUCUUUACAUUAUCCAACCUGCAUCGCCAAUUCAACUCGUGCAGACUUCAUUCUUUGCCAGAGGAUAUGGAGAUGUUACUGACCAGAUUGAAUUCGUCAAGAAAGUUCGCAGUCUCACCGAGCAAUCGAUAGCCCGAGGGGUACCAGUUUUCCCAACUGGUUUGCCUUUCACAUUAGCUGAACAUUACCUUACUUUCUGGCACCAUUUCUGUAUUGCAAGUGGAAUUUUAGUGGGAACUGUCCUUGUUGCCGGUUUGAUCUUUCUCCCUCGACCCAUCGCUGCUCUUUUUGCUGUCUGUAUUGGCGGCGGCGGUUCAGUUUGCGCUUGUCUUCUCGGUUUUCUGGCUCUUGGAUUGGAUUUAAAUGCGAUUUCCGGUGGUAUGAUCCUUAUUGCCUUCGGCCUAGGCACUAAGCUUUCAUCUGGAGUGUUAUGUGGUUGGUAUGGACCUCAACAUAACAUCCACCGAUGGUGUCCAUCAAAGUCCAAAACCCCGAAUUGUGACUUCGGGGGGAAGGAAGACGAUAAUAUUAAUCAGCAGCACACUUCAGCACCUCUUAGAGUGAAAAAGCUCCAAGCAGUACUCCAGAACCACACCAGCCAGAUUUUUCACUCGAAUGUUAGCUUCGUAUUAGCUGUUGCUUUGCUAGCAGCUGUGCGGGUGGAUUUCAUUGCAAACCACUUUUUCCGUCUUAUUGGAAUCAUUGCACUGGGUUGCCUGUUCGAUAGCCUCAUUCUCCUUCCCACGGUAUGCUUUGUUCUAGAGCCGAUAUUUCCAUCGAACCUCUACACCCUGUCUAGUCCUCAACCACCUCCACGUCCUUCCGUUCAAGUAGUGGAGACGACAACAAUCAGUACCGGCGGUGGCGACUCACAGGAAAUUGAGGGAGUUAAUAUGACGGACUCAAGUCCCUUUAUCAAUGAAAUUGAAGACGAGGAGGAUCUAACAAUGCAUCAAUUUUGCGACUCACUGAGGAGGAGUAGUAGCAGUGUUCUUCCACGUCGGAAAUAUGCCUCUCCAUCAGCAGGUGCCAAUUUAUUCGCCAGUGCGCCAAGAGACGAUUCUCAACAUGCAAGUUUGAGCACAAUUUCUGAAGAAUCGUCCAAUUCCAGCUCGACUCUAAGCCUCAAUCCUCCUCCGGCUACUCAGCUACCUUCAAAUCCUCCUACACUCUCCUCUAAAUCCCACUAUCACCACCAUCAUUUUCAUCACAAUUCUUCUAUUUCGAAUUCCGUAACAGCUACAACAGCAGUGCGAAUGAAGGAAUUUUUGCCCCUCCUAAAUGCUGCUAUGGCUGUUGCGCAACGGCAACAGAGUCGAAGGAAUGCUGGUUCCGAGCCCCCGCCACCCCCGUAUUCGGAACAGCCUCCUCCCCCCGCCUCACGAUGA